AUGGCUACAAGAAGAGACCCGCUCUACAAUUUCCAGACCUUGCCUGGCUUUCGGUACCGGCUGGUAGUGGUGGCUGAGGAACGGGUAGGGGAGAAUUGGGUUGUGCGUUCUGAGAACGACCUGAGCACCUUCUCCCCUUUCGACCAGAGUGGGGUCCGUGAGAUCAUCUGCCGGGUGCGGGCCGAGUAUGAAGGGAGGGCACCCCGCCGCCGCACCGCUCGAAUCUCCACGGCCACGAGACCGCGCCGACGGGCCCCACAGCCACCCUCACCACCACCACCUUACUCCCCGGCGACGCCUACAACACCACCACCAGCGAUCCCAUCGGCACCAGUGGAAUACAGCCCGGUGCCGAUGAGCGACUCACCAGCGUCACCGGUGGAGUAUUCACCGAGGUCACCGUCCCCCGCACCACCUCCCAGUCCAGCCCAGAGUCCGUCGCUGCUGGUGGCAGCUACGUCAUCACCACCGAGACCAGCAGCCCCUGCAAGACCCCCACCACCUACCAUCCGGUUUGCAGGGAGGACUCCGCCACCGAGACCAACCCACGCACCGGUGGCAACUCAUCCCCCGAGGAACCACCCUAUGACUGUCCCUGGCUGGGCAGAUAGGGCGGUUCCCAUCUGGUUUAAGUGUCCUGUCUGCUGGCAAGACAGGCAUCCACCCAGGGUAGAGAUAAUACAUCUCCUCGUAGAUCCGUCACCGACAUGCUGGUUGACAGGUCUCACAGGGGAUGUUUUCGAGGACGUCCGCGCUCUCGCCUUUUUAAACGAGCGCAACGUCAAAAAUCGGGCAUUCCGGUUUUUUAAAGGAACCAGAACCAUGAGUCGCAGAGUAGGACCAGACCCUACGGUGAAUGAUUAUUGUAUCAAAUGGGAGGAGGAUUGGGAGCAAGAGAUUGCCCCGCCGGCCUCACGGGAGGCUCUUCCCCCACCGCCCAUGAGCCAGGAUCUGCCCCCGCCAGAGGAAAACUGGGACGCAGAGUUAGAAGUGGUACAGCGGCCUCCGGGGAGAUUGUUUUUUAAACACGGCUGGUUGCCCGUUUUUGUGUUUGACCACGAGCAACCCCCGGAGGAGCAGAAAAAGAAGAGAAGAAAGAAGAAGAACAGACAGUGA